UAUUCUGAAUUCAACAUUCAGUUGCAAAUCAAGCUUACAACAUGGCAUUCAAAUUCAUCAUAUUCGCUGCCUUCGUAGCCGUUGCCCAAGCUAGUGUGAGCCAUGUUGCUCCAGCUCUUGCUCUUGGCUCCCACAACUCCGUCUCCAGUUACUCCACUGUACAACAGCACAACCCGAUCAUCCAAGCCUACGCUGCCCCAGCUGUUCAUGCAUAUGCUGCUCCAGCUGUCCAUGCAUAUGCUGCUCCAGCUGUCCACGCAUACGCUGCCCCAGCUCUUCACUCAUACGCUGCUCCAGCUGUCCACGCCUACGCUGCUCCAAUUGCCAAGGCCGUCAUUGCCGAACCAUCUGCUCCAGCCAACUACGAUUUCGGAUACGGAGUAAAUGAUCCCCACACCGGAGACAGCAAAAGCCAACACGAAUCCCGUCGUGGUGAUGUUGUCCACGGCAGCUACUCCCUCAUCGAAUCUGAUGGCACCAAGCGUACUGUAGACUACUCUGCUGAUGCCCACAACGGUUUCAACGCUGUUGUCCACAAGGAACCAGCCGCAAUUGCCGUCAAAGCUGUAGCUCCAGUUGUAGCUAAAGUAGCUGUCCCUCUUGCCGCUCCAGAUGCUCACGCUUAUGCUGCUCCAUCCUUUGUCCAUGGAGCUGUUGCUCACGGAUAUGCCGCUCCAGUUGUUGCUCACGGUAUUGCUGCCCCAGCUCUUGCUCACGGAUACGCUGCACAUGGUCCAGUAGUUGCACAUAAUUUCAUCGUAUUCGCUGCCUUCGUAGCCGUUGCCCAGGCUAGUGUAGGUCAUGUUGGUCCAGCUCUUGCUCUUGGCGGCCACAGCUCCGUCUCUGCCUACUCCACCGUUCAGCAACACCACCCAUCAAUCCACGCCUACGCCGCUCCAGCUGUUCACGCCUACGCCGCCCCAGCUGUUCACGCCUACGCCGCCCCAGCUGUCCACGCCUAUGCUGCCCCAGCUGUCCAUGCCUAUGCUGCCCACGCCCCAGCUGUCCACGCAUACGCUGCACCAAUCGCCAAGGCCGUCAUUGCCGAACCCUCCGCCCCAGCCAACUACGAUUUCGGAUACGGAGUAAACGACCCCCACACCGGAGACAGCAAAAGCCAACACGAAUCCCGUCGUGGUGAUGUUGUCCACGGCAGCUACUCCCUCAUCGAAUCUGAUGGUACCAAGCGUACUGUAGACUACUCUGCUGAUGCCCACAAUGGUUUCAACGCUGUUGUCCACAAAGAACCUGCCGCAGUUGCCAUCAAAGCCGUAGCUCCAGUUGUAGCUAAAGUAGCUGCUCCUAUUGCCUACGCUGCUCCAGUAGCUCAUGCCUAUGCUGCUCCAUCCCUUGUUCAUGGAUCUGUAGCUCAUGGUUAUGCCGCCCCAGCUAUUGCUCACGGAUACGCCGCUCCAUCCGUAGCAUACGGAUAUGCUGCCCCAGCUUUGGCCCAUGGAUACGCUGCUCAUGGUUAUGCUGCUCAUGCCCCAGUUCUCUCACAUAAUGUUUGGUAAUUUUUUAUAUCGACAGUUGUAAAUAAUGUAUUUAUGAAAUAU